AUGGUCCUCAAUGGUCCUCGUGUGGACCGUGCUCAGUUAAUCAACCCAGAGACCCGGUCGGGUAACGUAGGUUGUCGGCCACUGUAUGACAAUGCGGUCAAUGCGAGAGAUUAUGGAAAGUGUAAGACCAAGCACACUGGUCUUAAAGAGGCUGAAGAUGCCACGACAAGAGCUGAUGUAGCAGUGAUGAGCGGUCUAAUUGUCAUGGACCUGCACCGGCCGCGUCGACCUGUGAGCUUCCGCCUUAUCUGGUCUCAACCAAGGGAGCUCACCGUCACCGACGGGAUCCACCUGCACCUGGGGGCCCCGUGCCGCGUGUCCCUCACGUGA